AUGUCGCAAGCUAGAUGUUCAUCACAGAUUAGGUGUCGAUGUGGCAUUAUAGCCAAGCAUUUCACUUCGUCUACUCCAUAUAACCCUGGAAGAAAAUUCUACAAAUGUUCGAGGCCCAAGGCUAAUUCAUGUGGGUUUUGGGAAUGGGAAGAUGAAAUCUUCCCGCGAAGGGAUUGGACUAAUAUUAAAGAUGUAACAUCGUCGAUUGAGGAGAUUAAGAUGAAAAUGGACAAAUUGAACGAAGAAGUAAUUGUCAUGAAGGCUAUACACCAAUAUGAAGUGGAUAAAGUUGUCAAGUUGGAAGAUAAACUUGCAAAGACAAGGAUGUUGCUUAUGAUUUCUUGGGGAUUGUUUAUUGGUUAUUUUGUGGCCUCGAUGAUGAAGUGA